UGCUGCUGAGAGAAAGGAACAUUCCAGAUCAGAGAAUGGGCCAAUAGUUAAAUUAACAGCUAAAAUAAAAAAAAAAGAAAAAAAAAGAGACGACAUUAACGGGCUGGGGUCCAAAUGCGAGUUUCAUAAUGCGCCGACCAGAGAUUACUCUGGACAAGGGAAUAAGAUAAGGAAAUACAACAAGUGUACAUUAAACAAUAUGGAUUGCUGUAGUAGCUAGGGAACAAAUUGGCUCACUAACUCGCAAUUUAUAGUCAAUCAUCAUCAUGAUCACUACCCUGUUAAUUCAGAAGUUACUAUUGCUCUCUCGCUACCUCCCCCCUUAUCAUGCUUCCUGCUAGAAAACCAAGUACCAGUAAGCUUCAAGCUCUUAUCCUUCUCUGCCUCGACGAAACGGCUCUACUCGUCAAGACCCAUCAAAAGUGCCUCUCUCGAGCCGAGGCCGACGUCGCCGAUCUGCUUAGAACAGGGCAAACACAACGAGCUCUCUUAUGGGUUGAACGUGCAAUCAAGGAGCAAAACUUGCUCGACGUGCUAUUCAUGGUGGAGCGAAUCCUACGAAUCUUGCAUGAACGAGCACAACAAAUCCAAACCAACAAGCAGUGUCCUAACGAGCUCCGAGAAGCAGUUGCGAGCUUGAUCUACGCUGCGCCGCGGUGCGGUGAGUGUCCAAUGCUACUUAGAAUCAGCAAGCUUUUGCGCGACAAGUUCAUGAAGCAUUCAUGCACCAUCUCACCAGAGGCUAACCAAGAGAUGAUGCAGCUUUUAUCCACCAAACAGCCCAGAUUAGAGAGUCGUCUUGCGAAAAUGGAAACAAUAGCUCGACUACAAGGAAUUAUGCUAAAUAUGAACAAAAUUUCCUUUUCUGAGUUUUGA